AUGGAAUCCUAUUUACCUAUUUUUUUAACUCGUACUUAUCGUUAUGGUAAAUAUUCUAUUAAUAUUUAUGAGCCAAUAGUUGCAAAAACAGAAGUACCUAGAAAAUGGUUUAAACAUUUUUACAUUUUUGCUGCACCAGCUUCAAGUUAUGUACUAUACUUGGUUAUUUGUAUAUAUUUAUGGGAGUAUAAUAUCUCCAAAAAUAUUAUGUGGAUAUUGGAUAUGUGUCUGGGAUCAUUUAGACAACCACUAGUAUCAUCAGAAAGUACAUUUAUAGCAAUUCUACUUUUAACUUUUCAUUGUUGGAAACGAUUAUAUGAAACAUAUUAUGUAAACAUCUUCAGUGAUAAGAAAAUGAAUGUGCUUCAUUAUAUAGUUGGAUUUUAUCAUUAUAUAGGAACCUUAAUAUGUAUUAUAAGUGAAUCUGAGGGUUUUGUUGAAGACAUGGACUGCGAUAAUGACUCAUCAAUGGUACAUGCAAACAUUUAA